CACAUGUCACUGAAGAACAAUUGCUAGUUCGAUCGUCGGUUUGUUAGUAUCGUGGGAACGUGUGCGUCCGCAAAAUGUAUCGCAAAGCAGCUGUUGCACUAAUCGCCUGCUUCCUGGCAGUGGCCGUCAGUGGUGAGUCGGCCACUUCGGAUCCGCUCUACCAGCAGUGGAAGGGUCGGAUCGUCGGUGGCACUUACGCACGUGAUGGAGACUUCCCGUAUCAGGCCUCGUUCCGCACGCUGGACGGUAUGCAUAUAUGUGGCGGUGCCGUGCUGAACCAGCAGUGGGUCAUUACGGCCGCUUCGUGCCUGUUUGGCCGUUCGACUGCGGACACGCGCGUCGUGGUGGGAGCCUACCGGCUGAGCCAGGGUGGCUUCAAUCUCGGCCUGCGACGCAUCGUCAUCCAUCCCAACUUUGCAUCGGCCACGCUGGCCAACGACGUUGCGGUGGCUCGUGUGGCACAGCAGAUGGUGCUGAGUGAUGCCGUGCAGGGUGUGCAGCUUGGCUCGUACAACAUUAACGUGGCCUACGGAGCCCUUGUGUCCGGCUGGGGUCGUACCGAGUUCUCCAACCCCCAGUUCCCGGACAACUUGCAGUACAUUGCGGUAAACGUGAUCUCGCAGCUGGAAUGCCGCGCACGGUUCGCUGCACCGUACGAUGCACGGAUCUACGAUUCGACCAUGUGCAGCAGCAGCCCGGUCGGCCAGGGCACGUGCCUCGGAGAUGCGGGCAGUCCACUGAUCCACGGUGCCGAACUGCACGGCAUCGUUUCGUGGGGCAUUCCGUGCGGUGAGGGCUAUCCGGACGUUUACGCACGCAUCUCGUCGCACCGUGGCUGGAUCCUUGCGCACACUCUCAUUUAAGGCGCAGGCGUAAUAUUAGAACUUAAGCAAGAAGGAGGAAAUGAGUGUACUUAAUGUAAUAUAAAAUAAAAAAUUAAACAUAAAUA